ACUUCCACUACAACUCGUCAACUCACCUUGACUGACCGUUUGCUAUCGGAUACAAUUUCUGUACCAUUGGGCACUCACAAUCAUCAGUUGGCCAGAGUGGCCAUCGCGUCGAUUGGGCGUCUCUUCAGCCCCAUCCAACAUUCACACCAAAAGGCAACUUUAACACUCUUAACUUGCACAAACAGGUCAUGUCUCUGGUUGACCGUCGCAGCUGAUCACAGCUUCGUUUGCCGGCCUAUAAACGGACAAACUGGCGGUCAAGGCGGGCAUUUACGCCAAUUUGCACACAUACACUCACAUCACGCCGUUGUUGCGAACACUCGAUCCGUCACUGUUGCUACCCAAAGCAGCCUAGGGACUCUGGUUUAUGCCAGUCCAACCGAAGGGUCAACUGAAGGGUGGAACAGUUUGUUCGACUCGUCUCUUCGCUCGGUGCGACUGUUGAUUGUAACGGAUCGUCGGGACGCCCGGAACUCGCCUCCUUACGAUGGUCCCCUGUUGGUCGUGGGGGCCGGGCUCUUCGGCACCGGGACGACCAGUCUGUGCUCCGCGCUUGAGCUGCUCUACGGCCGGCCGUGCUACCGGCUGUCCACACUGCGGUCUGAUGAUCCCGAUCUGGAGGCAUGGAUCCGUCUGCUCGAAUUGGCCGAAGCGAGGAAGCAACGGCGAGUCGCUCGAAAGCGUCGUCAAGCCAAAUUGGCGUCCGGCCAAGAGGGACAGGGUUGGCGGUUGGCGAAAGCCAAUGAAGAGGCCUGGCCUGACGACAAGUCCAUGGCGAGAGCUCGGCUGAAGGAGGAAGAGGAGGAGAAGGAGGAGAGACGUACUGAGGCCGAGAUCACCAAACUCCUGACCAGAUUAUUGCGCGGCUUCGUAGCUGCUGUCGAUCUACCGGUGGCGCUGUUCUACCGCGAAUUAAUCAACCUCUUCCCACACGUUAAGGUAGGUUUGAAGCUGAUCAUCUUUUUUUGUCUUCGUGCUUUGGUAAAUUAUCGUCAAGCAUGGGGUCCUGAUCCGACGAUGUCAGUGACAUGA